AUGUCUGCACCCCAAGUCGUCCAGAGCAUCUCCAGCGGUCCCGCUGGAGGAUGGUUCAGGACCCAGCUCGCGACCUUGCGAAACCGCUUCGUCAAUACCGAGAAGCGCCGCCAGCGAGCCGCCCUCGUCGGAACCUCCUUCGUCGCUCACCGUCCUGUCUGGAUCACGGCUGGAACCGGAGCAUACACAACGGCGGUCGCGGUUUUCCUUACAAUGAAGAUGAUGCGGCGGGUGCCUGUGUAG